AUGUCCUUUCGAAGCGUACCCGAUCUCGACAUUGUUGCGCUCCAUGCAGCAUCAACAGAGAGUGACGUCCAAUUGGAAGAAGAUGCUACGGUGGAGACUACCAGAUCGCCCAGCUAUGCAAACCAACAGCAGACUCGCCCACUGGACGCUUCUACUAAAACAGAUUCCGUGGAAGAGGAUAGUAUAGACGCUGCUAUCGCCAAAGUCCAGCAGGAUCCAGCAGCUAGAACCGAAAACAAUGAUGGAUAUGAAAGCAGCGACCUGUCUUCGUCUUCUUCAGAAGAUGAAGUUGAUGGAGUUGAAACCGUGGACGAAUCUGAUUUGGAUGAAGACUAUGGAAUGGAUUCUGGGCCUCUGCGGACGAAAAACGAGCUCGUGGACAUAAUCAUCGAUGCGCUCGAUUUUGAAAUUACAGAUGCUACCGAACUAUUGCCCGUAGGCACAAUCGAAGAUAUUAUCGAUAAUGUUAUUGUCGUUCACAGCAAUCCGAAUAUGAACAACGUCGUUUUGGACAUGGGAACAUUGUUCGCUUUUUCAGAUCGCACUACUAUGGGGGAGGUUUUCGAAACAUUUGGGCCAGUUUCCAGACCAUAUUACUCUGUACGAUACAAUACGGCCGAUGAAAUCGACAAGGAACGUGCAGUGGUGGGAGCAUCGGUCUCAUAUGUCCCUACUUAUGAACGGACGCGUAUGUUACCAGUGGACGAGCUACGAAAGCAAAAGUUUACGGAUGCGAGCAAUGUGUACGAUGAAGAAAUUGCAGACGAGGAAGUCGAAUAUUCAGACGACGAAAAGGAAUUCUCACACAAGAAAAGUAAAAAAAACAAAAGGAAGAACAGAGCCAAGUCUCUCAAAGCUGAGCGUCCAAAAUGGCCAGCCCAUGCUCAAAACUCAUACAGCAAUGGUGCACGUUUGGAUGAUUUUGACGCAGCUCUUGCGGCUUAUGAAAGUACAGCAAUGCCUGGCAGACAGAUACAAAGUUAUGCAGAUAUUGCUGAAGAGGCAGCAGCAUCUACAUCGCAGUAUAAUCGUCCACCUGAAGUGCCACCACCACAGAAUGGCCCAGUCGAUUUACCGUGGUAUAUGAGUCAGCAGACGCAUAAUGCACAACAGCAAAACCAACAACCGCAACAACAACAAUCGGUGCAACAAGCGAAUUCUACGUACAAAGCUCCAGGAGAUCUAGUCAGCGAACUGCUCAACUCGUACAGUGGCAAUAUUCCAAACUUAUCGGCAUCUGGAUCCUCAUCUAAUACGCAGGUGAAGAACAGCUCCGUGCGCUCUUUAUUCAGCGCACCACCGCCUACAUCCAAAGGAGCUUAG